CCGGGAACCAUGUCAGGAUCAGUUGUAGACUCAAGUGGAGGCCCUUAGCCCUUGUCCUGAAGGCCACAGGAGCCACCGAAAACUCUCAAGCAGUGGAGAUACCUGGUUCUGUCCACAUUGGGAAGCUGACUCUGGCACCGGUAAAAGAAGCUAGGAAUUUGGAGUUCCACAUGAGAGAUAAAGAGGCUCUACCAAACUUGCGACCUUAUUUCUGGAGCGAGGGCCCAACAGGAUAGGUGGCAUCUACAAGAAGGCGGUUUAUAGACACUUCACAGAUGGAAGCUACUCCACAGAGAUCCCCAAGCCCCCCUGGCUGGGGUUCCUAGGUCCCGUCCUGAGGGCAGAAGUGGGCGAUGUGAUUGUUAUCCACCUGAAGAACUUUGCUUCCAGACCUUUCUCUUUGCACCCUCACGGUGUUUUCUACAACAAGGAUUCAGAAGGAGCCUUAUACCCAGAUGGGACGUCUGGAAGGAACAAGGAAGAUGACAUGGUCCCCCCUGGCAAAAACUACACCUAUGUCUGGCCGGUGAGAGAAGAAUAUGCACCUGCUCCAGCAGAUGCCAACUGCCUGACCUGGGUGUACCACUCACACAUUGAUGCCCCUAAGGAUAUCUGUUCUGGGCUAAUUGGCCCCCUGCUGGUGUGUAAGGAAGGUGUACUGAACAGAUACUCAGGGAUGAGGACUGAUGUGGACCGAGAGUUUGUUAUCAUGUUCACUCUUGUGGAUGAGAACCAGAGUUGGUACCUGGAUGACAACAUCAGGCAGUUCUGCACUAAUCCAAGUUCUGUUGACAAAAGUGAUGCUGUUUUCCAGAGGAGCAACAAGAUGCAUGCCCUCAAUGGAUUCCUUUUUGGAAACUUGCCGGAGCCUGAGAUGUGUGUUGGUGAAUCCGUGUCCUGGCACCUGUUUGGAAUGGGGAAUGAGAUAGACAUCCAUUCCAUUUAUUUCUAUGGUAACACCUUCAUCACCAGAGGGCACCGGGCAGAUGUUGUCAACCUGUUUCCAGCCACCUUCCUCACAACAGAAAUGAUAGUGGAGAAUCCUGGAAAAUGGAUGAUAACCUGCCAAGUCAGUGACCACCUGCAAGCUGGAAUGCUGGGGCAGUACAACGUGGGCAGCUGCAGGGGUAACGCUCCUCACCCAAAAGUGUGGGGUCAGCAGAGGCGCUACUACAUAGCGGCUGAAAAAGUCCUCUGGGAUUAUGGUCCCCAAGGCUAUGAUAGAUUCACUGGAUUUCCCCUGAAUGCUUCUGGCAGUGACUCUGCAGUAUACUUCACACAAGCUGACAACAGAAUAGGAGGAAAAUACUGGAAGGCUCGGUACACAGAGUAUGUUGAUGCCACUUUCAGUAGAAGAAAGAUGCCCUCUGAUUCAGAAGCCCAUCUUGGAAUCCUUGGUCCAGUCAUCAAGGCAGAGGUGGGUGAUAUCCUUUUAGUGACCUUUGCCAACAAAGCUGACAAGGUUUACAGCAUCUUACCCCAUGGUGUAUUCUAUGACAAGGCAUCGGAUGCAGCUCCGAAUGUAGAUGGAUUUCUGAAACCAGGGGCUCAUGUCAAGCCAGGUGAAACCUUCACCUACAGGUGGACAGUGCCGGAAAGUGUCAGCCCGACAGAUGAAGACCCCCCGUGCCUGACCUAUCUUUACUUCUCAGCGGUCCAGCCGAUCAAGGACACUAGUGCUGGGCUUGUGGGGCCUUUGUUGGUCUGCAAAAAGGGCACCCUCAAUGCUGAUGGGACACAGAAAGGAAUAGACAAGGAAUUUUACCUACUGUUCACAGUGUUUGAUGAGAAUUUCAGCAGCUAUCUUGAUGAAAACAUCCAGAAGUUUACUUGGCAUCCUUUCAGUGUUGACAAAGAAGACAAGGAGUUUGUGAAAUCUAACCGGAUGCAUGUUAUUAAUGGCUACAUGUAUGGCAGCCAGCCAGGCCUAAGCAUGUGCAAGAAGGACAGAGUUUCCUGGCACUUGAUUGGAAUGGGCACCGACACAGACAUGCAUGGAGUUUAUUUCCAAGGCAACACCAUCCACCUGCGAGGGACUCAUCGUGACUCCCUGGCUCUGUUUCCCCAUAUGUCCACGACGGCAUACAUGCAGCCAGACCAUUCAGGUAUUUUCAAGGUGUUCUGUUCCACCUUGCCCCACUUCACAAGAGGCAUGGGUCAGAUCUAUGAGGUCAGCAGCUGUGGCAACAGGGACCCUUCUGAGCCGCCCUACGGGAUGCUAAGAACCUUUUUCAUCGCCGCUGAAGAGGUAGAAUGGGAUUAUGCCCCUAACAAAAACUGGGAGUUCGAAAAGCAGCACUUGGACGCAGGAGGGGAAAGACAUGGAGAUAUAUUCAUGAACCACACUGAAAACUGGAUUGGCUCUCAGUACAGGAAGGUGGUUUAUAGGGAAUACACAGAUGGAGAAUUUGUGGAGAUUAAAGCCCGGCCACCUCAAGAGGAGCACCUUCAACUCCUGGGACCAAUGAUCCAUGCUGAGGUUGGGGACUCCAUUCUCAUUAUCUUUAAGAACAAAGCCAGCCGGCCCUACUCUAUUGCAGCCCAGGGUGUGGAGGACUCAGACAGUGGGAAACUCCUUAAUGUGCCUGUCACAAAGCCAGGAGAAAUAAAAACUUACAGAUGGAAUGUCCCAAAGAGAUCAGGUCCUGGGCCCUCUGAUCCCAAUUGUAUCCCGUGGGUUUACUAUUCAACAGCAAACUUUGUGAAGGAUACAUACAGUGGUUUGAUGGGGCCUCUGAUCACAUGCCGAGAGGGGGUGCUGAAUGAAAAGGGAAGAAGAAGCGAUGUCGACUUUGAGUUUGCGCUGUUGUUCCUGGUCUUUAAUGAGAAUGAGUCGUGGUAUUUGGAUGACAAUAUCAAGAAGUAUCUCAAUAAAAACCCACGGGAUUUCAGGCACACAGAUGACUUUGAAGAGAGCAACAAAAUGCACGCCAUUAAUGGAAAGAUUUUUGGAAACCUUCCUGGCCUCAUAAUGACUGAAGACUCAAUGACUAACUGGUAUUUGCUGGGCAUCGGAAGCGAAGUGGACAUACACACGAUCCAUUACCAUGCAGAGAGCUUUCUGUUCAAAAUAGAUAAGUCCUAUAGAGAAGAUGUGUAUGAUCUCUUUCCUGGGACAUUUCAAACCAUUGAGCUGUUUGCCGAUCACCCAGGGACGUGGCUUCUUCACUGCCAUGUGUCCGACCACAUUCAUGCUGGCAUGGAGACCACCUACACUGUCCUCAGGAACAUAGACAACAGGAUUCCAUAUUCUACCAAGUCCCCUUCUGGAGCAGGACCCCAUGCAGUCACAGUGCCCUCCCAGGAACAACCUGGCAAGGAAGACCUCUAUUUCUUUGGCAAGAAUCUGCGUCCAAGAGGAGCCAAGGCCGCCCUGGUCAUCCUGUUCAUCCUGGGACUCCUCCUCCUGGUGGCCACUGUGGUUCUCGCCCUCAGACUCCGCUCUUCAAGGAGGCAGAUGGCUUAUAGGGAAGUCCAGUCCUGUGCACUCCCCACAGAUGCUCUGUGAAUGCUCUGGCCGCACAACUGGCCACACAGUUCCUAGUAGAAACUGGACCGAUCGAUGCCUUGUUCGCCAAGGAACUUGGACACUGUAUCCUAGAUCAGGCUUCUGAGCCUCUGGAAUGUGUCAUCCAAAGCAAUGUGCUCUUAUUUAUUUAUUUUUAAACUGGCUGUGAAUGAUUCUCAGGUAUGAAACACAUGACGAAGGAGAAUGCACUGGAUUGAGAGCUGUUGACCCUCAGUCUGUUCUGUGAGCCACUCACUUGGGUGUUACCCUCUGAAAGAUGUUUUCACUGGUUUAGGUCAAACAGUGCUGCCUCAGCUAGCCCAAGGUUCUAGAUGUGUAGCUUCUAGAAAACAUUAGGGGUUCUCGGACCCUCCAGAUGUCCGUCUGGAGUCACACUGGUGCUAAACACUGUCACAGGAAAUCGCACACUCAGUUGUUCCAGGGUGAACAAGC